AUGGAAAGAGUCAACCAAACCAGCAGUGUAUCUGAAUUCAUCCUCCUGGGACUCUCUUCCCAGCCCAAGGACCAGAAGCCACUCUUUUUCCUCUUCCUCACCAUAUACCUCAUCACCAUAACAGGGAACCUGUUUAUCAUCCUGGCCAUUUGCUCUGAUCCCCAGCUCCAGACCCCCAUGUAUUUCUUCUUGAGUUUCCUGUCUUUCACAGACAUUUGCUUCACAACAACCAUUGUCCCCAGGAUGCUAGUGAACUUCCUGUCAAAGACCAUCUCCUAUGCUGGGUGUCUGACACAGAUGUAUUUUAUUUAUGCUUUGGGCAACUCGGACAGCUUCCUUCUGGCAGUCAUGGCCUUUGACCGCUAUGUGGCCAUCUGUGACCCCUUCCACUAUGUCACCACCAUGAGCCACCACCGCUGUGUUCUGCUGGUGGCCUUCUGCUGCUCAUUUCCUCACCUCCACUCACUGCUACACACACUUCUACUGAAUCAUCUCACCUUCUGUGACUCCAACGUUAUCCAUCACUUUCUCUGUGACCUCAGUCCUCUGAUGAAAUUGUCCUGCUCCUCCACAUUUGUCAAUGAAAUUGUGAUAAGGAUAGAAGGAUCUGUUGUUUUAGUGACCCCCUUUCUAUCCAUUGCUUUCUCUUAUAUACGAAUCCUCACCGUGGUUCUCAAAAUUCCCUCAGCUGCUGGGCAACGCAAAGCCUUCUCCACCUGUGGUUCUCACCUCACUGUGGUAACACUCUUCUAUGGAAGCAUCUUCUAUGUCUAUUUACAGCCCCUGUCCACCUAUACUGUCAGGGACCACAUAGCAACAAUUGUCUACACAGUUUUGUCCUCCAUGCUAAACCCUUUUAUCUACAGCCUGAGAAACAAAGACCUGAAAGGGGGCCUGAGGAAGCUGAUGGGCAAGAGGAAAUCCCAGGCAUUACCCUCUUGA